AUGGUCUUGUACUUCCAAGACUUCUCUGGAGGCCCGAAUGCCACUAGCAUUCCAAUUGCAGGGAUUGCCGGAAAGCUUUGGACCUUCACUCAGUUCGGAACAGUUUACGUCAUUGACGACACCAUGACCCAAGGUCCAAGCCCAAAGUCGGCCGUAGUUGGCCGCGCACAAGGCGUGACUGUGGCGGCGGCACUAGACGGGAGCAAUGCCCUCGUCUUGGUAUCGCUUGUGUUCACAAACAGGGAGUACAAUGGCAGCACUAUAGAGAUACAAGGAAACAGUAAGCAGUUCCAGCCAGUUAGAGAGGUUGCGGUGGUAUCAGGUACCGGAAAAUUCAGGUUUGCUAGGGGAUAUGCUACCUUUGAAACGUACUUCGUGGAUCUUCCGAGUGCCUACUCCAUAUUACGGUGCAAUGUUACAGUGCAGCAUUACUAG